AUAUCAAAUUCUGAAUUGAAACAUAUUCUUAAGGAAACUGAGUUUCCCUUUUGUGCCCGGAUAGCUCUUGGUCGUGUUGAAGAGAUGUGUACAACCCAGAAUAUUGGUCGUACCUCUGGAGCUAAACAUGUGGACAUUUCAAUGGAAAUCAUCUCAGAGUUUGUUUUUUGUGAAGUAGACAGAAGGGGUAGUAGAAAGAGGAGACUAAACUGUAUUCAGGAGCUGCAGCUGCUUGAGGUGCUGUGUGAUUUCUUCACAUCCAGUGUAAUCGGUGGUGAAGCAGUAAGAAAUAUGGUGUUCAUGUCUCUGUUCCCUCCAACGCAUAGUGAUCGCUCUCGACUGCUCAUUAAACUUGUCUCCAUGGCCAGCUCUACCAAAAAUGUGCCAGUCCUCACUGCCACAGGAAUGUGGAUGCAGAAACUAGGCUGCACUUCCAAAUACAGUCUCGAUUUGGCGCAAGGACUUGUGAAAGAUUACUUUGUACUUAUUCCAAAGGCUGUGAGUGGCCUCCAAGAUUUACCACAGCUUGCACCACAAUUCACAGCAAAUUUCCUGACAGCUGUAGCUGAGAUGUAUGGUGUUGUUGAGAAGAGGCACAUCUUCAGCCCCCCACCUGACACAUUGCUGGAAGUGAUCACACAGUGGGUGUCAGACAACCCCACCUUGUGUCUUGCAGCCCUGAUGGUAAACCUUCAGUUAGCUCUGCCACUCGGGGGAGUCCCAAUGGCUGCCAUAACACCAUUUGCUGGUUUGUUCAAGUGGUGUAUCCUUGCCCCACUGCAUUAUGUGAGUCAGACAAGCACCAGUGACAUUCCUACCUCUGACUGUAACUCUUCAGAAUCUCCUUUGUAUUCUCGCCUUCACUUGGCAUUGUUGGAGAGUUUGUUGGAGUGUUAUGCACCUUCUCCUGGACUCCAUUGUGCAGAUGCAUCUGCCACUGAAAACAUAUCUGCCCAGCAUAUUGCUGCAAUCAUAGAGCCUAUCGUCAGAUGGCUGAAGGAUCGUACAAGAAUGGAGAAUGAAUCAGCACGAAUUAGGGGUGAACUUGCAUUGCACAUGGCUCUUGACAGGCUUGCACAGGUCAUACAAGUGGCCCUAGUCACCCACUCUGUGUAUGGAAACAUACAAGAACUUUUCAGUCAACUGGAAAUGCUGCCAGAAAAUAGACUCCUACAAAUUGUAAUAAAUACACACAGAAAUUUAUGAAAGUGGAUGUGGUGGUGUGUUAAAUGCACUGACUACAUAUGCUGAAGCCAAGUACUGCACCAUAUACUGUGAUGAGAUUCUAUCAGACUGUUUGAAUCUGUGUGUAUGUUUGUGCAUAGUAUCGAAUGCUAUAAAGCAGCAAGAUAAGUGCACAUGUGCAGACAUUUUCACUAUACUGCUUUUCAGAAAACAUGGUAUGGAAGGAACGCUGAUGUUAAAAGUAACAAGGCAACUGUGAACAAAUGUAGCACACUUUUACAGUGAAACUGCCAUUGAGGCGUCUUUUUGCAGCAUUGGAUAUGAACACUAAGCUGACGGAAAUUUUUAAAUGGAGGAGUGAUCAUUGAAAUUGGACAAUAAAUAAGGGAAGACCUUAAAUCUA